UCUGGUCCAUUCAGGAUGUCCUGCUGUCUACCAGCUGAAACCAAAGAAAGAGGAGUUUGGAACUCUGACCAGAAUGACCGUUGGAGAAAAAAGUCUGCACAAGAAAAAUAAAACCAUCUUACUUGUUGGUGAAACAGGAGCAGGAAAAUCGACUCUGAUCAACGCUCUGUUUAACUACAUCAUAGGAGCAACGUGGGAGGAUGAAGUCUGGUUUCAGAUAUUAGAGGAGGAGAGGAAUGAAAAUCAGACAGAAAGUCAGACACCAGAUGUGAUCGUGUACGAGAUCUUUGGUUUUGAAGAUAAAAUUCUGCCCUACUCUCUGACCAUCAUCGAUACUCCUGGAUUUGGAGACACAAGAGGGACUGAACGAGAUGAGAUCGUCAUUCGAAGAUUAUUUCAGUUGUUUGGAUCAGAGGAUGGAGUUCAUGAAGUUCAUGCAAUUGGUCUGGUGAUGAAGGCGAGUGAUAAUCGACUGAGUGACCGGCUGAGGUACAUCUUUGAUGCAAUGAUGUCACUGUUUGGAAAAAACGUUGAGAAAAACAUUGUAUCUCUCAUCACACACUCAGAUGGUGUGACACCUAGAAAUGUUCUUCACGCUCUUGAAACUGCAAAAAUUAAAUGUGCCAAAAAUGACAGAAACCAGCCUGCUCACUUCCUGUUUAAUAACAGACAGAAUGAAGAGAGAACAGAGGAAGAAGAGCUUGGUUUGAAGUUUGCAUGGCAAGUAACAGAGAAGGGAAUGAGGCAAUUCAAAGCCUUCAUAGAAAGAACUCAACCUCAAAACACAAGGGAAACAGCUGAAGUCAUGAAGGAACGAAUGAGACUGACAGCCUGCAUCCAAAACCUGAAAGAGAGAAUCGAACUGGCUGAACUGAAACAGACAGAAAUCAGACAGAUUCGAGAAGCUCUGCAGAAACAUGAAGAAGAGAUGAAGAGGAAUGAGAAUUUCACUGUAGAAAUUGAUGAGGUCUACAAAGAUAAACAACCCAUUGAUGGAGGGAUGUGGUGGUUGUUUUUUUAUCAAGGAGCUGUCUGCUGUACAGUCUGUGAGGAGAACUGUCACUAUCCUGGAUGCACAAUGGCCUGGAAACCUGAACACUGUGAGGUUAUGAGUUGGGGCCGCUGCACUGUUUGUACCAACAAGUGUCCUGCAUCACAUCAUGUGAAGGAAAAGUGGAGAUAUGUGACCAAGACACAGAGAGUUCAGAAAACUGAGAAAGAAAUGAAAGUGAAGUAUGAGAAGAAUAAAUCAGAAAGUAUGAACAAGCUGAGUCUGCUGCAAAAUCUUGAAUGGGGAAUGAAACAGCUGACAGCAGAGAAGUCACUGUUCCUGGAUGAGUCCUACAAACAUGUUGUCAGACUGGAGCAGAUCGCUCUGAAAGCUGAUUCAGCUUCUACUAUUGUCCACUUGGACUUCCUGAUAGAGAAGAUGAAGGAGAGAGGAGACAAAGUGAAGGCCCAGAAACUGGAGGAGAUAAAAAGCAGAGAGGGUGAAGGAACCAGAUCACUACUGCACUACAUGUUUGUUAAAAUACCAGAAGCUGUUAAACAUUUUAAGAAAUGAUGUAAGAAAAGAAGGAGACUGUGAGCAGGCAGACAACCAGAAUGUUUCAUUAUAAGGCUGACAGGUGGGAUUGAAAUGUAAAGAUGAUUAACUUCACAUAUUAAAUAUUUCAUUCUG